GCCUCCUGCGCCUUCUGUGUUUUACAUUUGCCGCCGUUUUCCUCUAUACGUAGUUUCUACGAGUUCGCAUGAGGCCGCUGGUAACAGCUGUAUGGCUGUGUGCAGGCUCCUACCUUACGCUCUUUGUUUGUGUGCCUUUAAUGAACACUGAAACGGACGUAUAGUUAGCUCCUCGUGGUGUCGGUAAACCGAGGCUGACGCCCUGUGUCAUGGAACACCUGGCAAAGUUCAUCCAGACACUUGAGAAACCGCCAACACUGCGAUGAGGGACACAUUCGACAUGCCUUAAUUGUGCAUGGGCACCUGUCACUUCUAUUGUCAUUUUUAUUGCUCCUUACUGAACUGUUGCAUUUCGCGUCUACUUGCAUGGAGGCAGCAUUGUGAUCAAUCAGCUGCUUCACAGGCUGGGGACGGGACAAUAACCUUAUUUCGUUUCUCCGUGCUUUACCCCGUUUGACAGCCCGUCUUUCCUUAUGCAGGUUGGGCCCUCGAAUGCACUGUUCUCACAGAUUCGGUUCAUACAGCCGAACGACGACUGGCUGUCCACACAACGCUUCAAGGCCAUUGAAGUGAAACUGUGCAAUGUCCUGGAGAAGAAACUGCCUGACGUCGUUUCUCUGAAACCGGGAGCACUGGAAAGCGUGAACGGGGAUUUGACUCUCGAUGACGUCAAGGUGACCUACAACAUGAAGAAACGAGCCAACCUCCCAAAGUUUGUCAUGGUGGCCCGCAAGGACGACGCCAAGUGGGAAGCGAGGAAAGCCAAACACGUUGACGAAUCCAUCUGCAAAUUUAAAGAUUACGGUGGGAUGUUCGAAAGGAAAGCUGUGCUCAAGUCGGAAUUGACUGUGAGCAUACGACGCUUGACGUCUAGCGAAUUGGCACAACAGGCCAAGGUUCAAAACAGCCAGACGUCCCAGAACAACAGUCCACGAGGAAUCAGCAGCUAUUUCAAACCUGCCACAGUACCACGGCCGAAGACUCCCGAUGAAAAGGCAGCUUUGAAGAGGCUACUGGAUCGUAGGGAAUCGAAAAAGCGGCAUCUCAGCAGCUCCGACUCCGAAAGCAACAGUGCGAGUGAAAAUUUUGAAGUGCACAAGUCGAAACGUCACGAAAGAAAGCUCGCCCCACCCACUCGCGGCGACAUUCGGAAGGACCCCAACAAGGUCGUAGGCGAUGCCAAAAAAUUUGCUUCGCUAUCACAGCCAGUUCCUGAGAAGCGCAUCCCCCUUCAUGAUGCGACCCACCAGGCAGAGGACAGAGUCUCGGCCACCCAGGUUUCCAAGUCGGCGGCGGUGGGCUCUCGAGGUGGCAGCCCAUCUGUCCGGUCAGGCUGGAGCCGCCAUCAUGACCAUCGAGCCGAUGUGGCUCCGAGAGAAGUGGCUCCAGUGGCUACGAGGGAAGUGGCUACGAGGGAAGUGGCUCCAAGGGAAGUGGCUCCGAGAGAAGUGGCUCCGAGAGAAGUGGCUACGAGGGAAGUGGCUCCAAGAGAAGUGGCUCAGAGAGACCCCGACAAACCGAAGACAUCCUCACAUCGAGGAGAAAAGGAGAAGACGAAGAGCCAUGAUGCAUCAGCAGUGGUGGCAUCCUCCCGCGGCAGCAGCUCCUCCCGCGAGAAAGAGCACAAGGCCCGAUCCGAGCACAAAGAGACGCGCGAGCGAAGCGCAGCGUCUCACUCUCACAAGGCCGAGAAGGAGUCGUCAAAGUCCAGCAGGAGCGUAAAGGAGAAAGAGUCGACACAAGAGAAGAGCAGACACCACCGGGAUAAGCGGCACUCUCCACCAAAGAAGUCAUCGUCGCACAGGGAAGAGAAGUCGUCGUCAAAGAGGCCUCACGAGCAGAAGGGUCGCGAGCAAAAGUCUAAACAAAGCAAGAUGAAGCAAGCAAACAUAAAACAGCUGCUGACAGACUGCGGCAUCGACGACUCUGACGACUCUGACGGAGGGGUGGCGCAGAAAAAGGAACGUGACGAAACAUCCAGGCGAUCGCCGGACUCUACGCAGCAGGUCGACGUAAGGGUCGUCUCGCACACGUCCAAGAGCAUUGCUUCUAAAAGGGAGAGCCUGGAUGACUUCCGGAGCAAGAAAGAGUCUUCUCAAGCUGCACCUUCAGGUACGAAGAGGCAGAAACAAGCUGAAAAUGUGCUUUCCAAGAGCUUGUUCCUUGAAGACGAUGAGAACAGCGAUGAGAGUGAUGACGACAAGCCGAGGCAAGAGACUUCCUGCAAGUCGCCCACGACCGAAGAGGAUGCGCCAGCUAUUGACGUGGCGAAACAAGCAGCGCGAAGUUCCCCAGAGAUGAACUCAUACGAGCCAACUCCCGUGGCAAGGCUGGCAACAGAGGCCGAAGAAGAUGAAGAAAGUGUGCCUUCAAAACCAGCUGGCACGACUGCCACGUCGGAUGACGAAGUUUCCAAGUUAACGAGGACACCGCCACAUCGAGAGUCUUACAUGCCUUCCUACCGGCGGACACCGACAAUGCCUGAAGCGUCAUACAAUCCAUCAUCACCGAGAAGACAGGAGGAGAAACGCAAGAAGAGAGACCCGGCAUUCGAGUACAUACCUUCAAGCAUUGGGUCUUCGAGUGCUGCAAAGCCUUCACGCGGUCGUUACGAGGAGUACGUUCCAGAGGCCGUCAACCGCUCUGCGCGGCAUCAGCAGUCAACCUUGGAGUACAUCCCAACGUACAUCCCGACGCCCAAGCGGGAGACGAAUUCCGCCGUUUCCACAACAACAUACUCUUCUUCCCCGCUGCCAGAGGUGCCUGAAACCAAGAACCAGCCCGCAAACACAUUUGUGCCGUCUUCCAGGGUGGAGCGAGAAAUUCGGAAUGCAAGAGACGUGAAAGACCUGGAGGAGAGGCACUUACGUUACCUAUUCCAGAAGAGUUUGCCCGAAAUGGAAGGAAUUAUCGCGGGGAAGGUUGAAAGUUGGAGGCGCAGCGAUUACUACAAGGGUGGAAAGGCUAAAAGGAUGCUCACCUACCAGGUGUUCUUCUCGCCGUUUUCUGACAAACAGAUGAGCGUCAUCAUGAACCUCUUCAUGGAGGAGUACAUUCAGAAGGGAGUGAAUGGAGACUACUUGAACCAAGUUCUCAUGCCCGAAUUCCUGAUACGGGUGUUCAUGGCGAACAAGGGAACCAGUCCUGAGGAGAGCGACCGGCUUAUGUCAGAGAUGCCCUUCCUCCACAACAUUCCGCGGCUUUGAGCCAGCACACUGGGAGCUGGACGGACAAAAUUUCUGGAAGCGGCUCAACGAGGGAAGCUUCAGGAACAAGCAACUUUGUGUGUGCUUUUAUAGUUGGAGGAAGGACUCAUCCUGUUGUGAAUGCAGUGGUCUGACUUAGUUGCCAGAAGCCAAGUGGCGAGUAUGGUGAAACCGAUGCUUUCAUUCAUUGCACAGUUAACUGCCAAAACAAAUUCUCGAAAGCCAACUGCAAGAAAGUGUCAAAACUGCACAUUUCAAUGCUCACCAACCAUGUACAGUCGUCCACAAAACAUAACGCUCAGUGCAUGCCAGCCAUGCAUCGAAGCAAACUUGCGUGGCUUCACGUCGUCUGCUGCAUCGUUUGGGUCCACUGAAUCUGUGUUUCGGCGCGGUGAAGCGGACUCUGCUUUCAGUAGCAUAUUGCCGUUGCGGCAAGUGAGCUUUACGUGUGCGCACCGCGUGUGAAACGAUCGCAGAUUCUCCAGCCCAAUACACUGUGCUUUCAAUUCCAGUAAACAUUUCCAUUAGCA